UCGUAUUGAGAGCUAUGCUUAAUCACACUGCCAAGUACAUACGAUUCAGAAUAGGGGCAACAGCUGAUUUAGAAAGUCUACUUUUCUUUGAAAGUUUUCACUUUAUUUUUACUGUUUUGUUCUUCUACAUCCACUUUUUAUCUUGAGAUUAACUGUAUCACACCUUGGAUUUUUUAAAUCCUGACAGUAGUUGCAAAACGUCCUAGUCAGCUGUUCCUUUCUAUGCAACAUCAGCAUCAUCUUUUUUUUAAGUGACUGAUCACAAAGUGGGAGGCUUUCUUCUGGAUUGAACUGUUUCCUAAGGCACUGCAUGCAUCUUGGUUUAGCACGUGGAUUGCCUCAGCCUGUACUUUGUUUCUUACAAGCUCUUUCUUCAGCCCUGCCUCCCUCCACCAUUCCUUUUAGUGUAGUGUUUGAAGACCAUGUGAUGCGAAGGAUGCUGCUCCCAGGUAGAAGAAGAUUUCCUCGCAGGCUAUUGCUGGGCAGUGCUCAUCUGAUACUUUCAGUAUGUGUAUUCCUGUUUGUUGUGGUGCCUUUGAUCUUUCGCUACAGUUACACACUCCAAAGGAGUAUGUUAUUUUUGAAUUUUGUGAGAUGGCCAAGAAACUUCAAUUACAGUGCACCAGAGAAAGCUGGUCUGUCAGGAACAAGAAACUUCCACUUGACCUCAGAUGAUGGUAUUACACUCGGAGUUUGGCAAAUUUUGCCAGGUGUCCUUAUAAACGAGUCAAGGAAAGUAGAUGCUUCUGACGAAUGGUAUGAGGCACAGUUGAAAGAUGGGAAGCCUGUUUUUUUAUACAUGCAUGGAAACUCUGGGUCGAGAGCUGCAGAGCAUCGUCUUCAAUUAUAUAAAGUGCUGAGAAACAUGGAUUAUCAUGUUGUUGCAUUUGACUACCGCAGCUAUGGAGACUCAAGUCCAGUCGAACCUUCAGAAGAUGGCCUUGUGGCUGAUGGUAUGUUCAUGUACAAGUGGCUCCAGAAGCGUGUGGGUAACAGUCCUCUGUUUGUGUGGGGCCAUUCUCUAGGAACUGGAGUGUCUUCACAUGCCCUUGCCAAACUUUCCACUGAAGGUAUUGAAAGCUAUGGCCUUGUACUUGAAGCUCCAUUCAAUAACAUGAGGGAUGAGCUCAGAGCUCACCCAUUUGCCCAGGUGUUUGCCUUCUUACCAUGGUUUGAUAACUGCUUUGUCUGGCCUAUGUACAAUAAUGGUCUCAAAUUUGAUUCGGAUGUGCAUGUCUCUAAGAUUCGUGCACCGGUCGCUAUCCUUCAUGCUGAAGAUGACCGAAUUGUCCCGUUUCAUCUGGGGCAGAAACUUUACCAUUUUAUGCUAGAAAACCGCAGUGUGCAGUCUUUGGGAGAACAGUUUUGGAGAUUUGAGUCCAAAUUUGGCUAUGGCCAUAAGUACAUUUAUAAGGAUCAUUCUGUUCCUUAUAUUAUUAAGGAAUUUGUAGAAACCAGUAUUGAAAAGCGCAAGAAAUCUACCCAAAAGACAGAUUAAAUAUACCUUCAGAAGCAUUCCACAUUUCAGUAUUGCAACUCCUCUAAGCUGGAAAUAGCUUUAUCUAAUAUUUAAAAAUUGUGACUUAACUAUAGAAUAGUUGUCAAAAGAUAAGUGAUUAGCACAGUAGCAAGAGUGAAAUUAUUGCUAGCAAUUUUUGUGUGUUUCAUCUGCUACAUCUUUUAGAAUCAUGGCCUUUCACAAUUAUCUUCCAACAAAUCAAAAAUUUAUGGCAUUUAGAGAGCAUUUUAAUAUAUCUGUGAUUAAUGAGAUAGUAAUUUCUUUUAGUCCAUAUUGGUUGUGAAUGUUGUUUGUUAUAGCUAGUACUGUUCACCUUGUAAGUUAUAAUAUAACAUUCCCCAAAGGCUGUUUUAUCCUUAAUUUUCACUUAAUAUUGUAUUUAUUAGGCAAAUAUUGUACCAACCCCUCUAUUUUUUUAUUUGUGUCCUUUAGGUUUUGCCCCUGUUCUUUUUUUAACAUUAUUUUUAUAUACCUAAUUGGAACAUGUGUUACUUAGUCCCCGCCUAGACAAGAUAACAACCGAAAAUAGGGUUUGUAGUGGUCAUGAAGAUGACCAGUACAAGCCACGAGAAAAGCUCACCAGAACGGAGAUUCCCCUGGUUGUGCAGCGUUGCUAUGGUUGACCCCUGCAAACAAAACCGUGCAGUUGCUGGUAGAAAUGGGCUUGUUUCUCUCGUACUUUCUCUUCGUCGCCUAUUGCCGAUGUAAUGAUUGAAUAGUCCUGUAGCAAACUAGUUCACAACAGCCCCUCGCACAGCCCCACACUAGCUCCUGUGUACAGUUGUUCUACUGGAGCUUGGUGAGAAAUAAGUUUGUUCUUUUGUAACUAGUGAAUUCAUGACAUUCUUUACCAAAGAACUUUUUGUAAAUAUCAAACAGAAUGGGAUGUUCCUUUAAGUCUUGCACCUACUAGAGGAUUUUAUCUUUUAGCCCAUUCCAGGUGCCAGUAUGUACUAUUGUCUUUGAUUACUUUCAAAGACUUUGCCAAUGAAUGGAGUAUGAAUAAAAACAUCCAUUGCUUUAA